UUAGUGCUAUCCGGGAUCCUUGGGAUGUCAUUAUCCUAAACUCUAACCUUAACCCCUACCUUAACCAUAACUCUUACCUUAACCAUUUUACAUUUCAACUUCAAUGGGUAGGGACCAUUGCGUAAGGACGUCCCAAGGAUACCAGAUAGCACGGGCCGAAGAAGAAGCAGCUCGCAGGGCGUGGUGGGAUAGGAGACUACUCAGUGGAGGACCGAGUACAGUGCCCCAGCUGACUAGCUGCAGAGAAGAUGGCUGCAGUGUGGAUUUUCAGGCCAGUGUCUGAAAACACUGCACUGUUGGUAAUGUUUCACGACGGCUAGCCUUCGUGUCGCCCCGUUUAUUUAGUCGUUUUUUUUUCAAGGAAUCGAAGGGGAUAAAACAUGGGGUCUCAAACUCUACAGAUCCUUAGGCAGGGGGUCUGGGCUUCAAUCACAGGCGGAUGGUACUAUGAUCCCCAUCAAAAUACAUUUGUCAAUGCUCUACACCUCUACCUCUGGCUAUUCCUACUAUGUUUCCCCUUCACGCUUUACAUGGCGCUCCCGCCCACCAUGGUGAUAGUAGGCAUCUACUGUGGUGUGAUAGCUGGUAUGUUCCUGCUGCUGAAAACUGUGAACUACCGGCUGCAUCACGCCCUGGACGAGGGAGAGGUGGUGGAGCACCGAGCCAAGGAGAACGAGAGCAACAGAACCAGCAGUGAGGGGGCCAACGAGGGCAACGCCACACGUCAGGAGGACAGUAAUGGACCAGGGGACCCUGGUGGAGGUCUAGAGAUGACAGACUUCAUUCGAGACGAGACUCCACCGGUAGACUGCAGCUCCAGAAACUCUUAUACAUGGAUGGACUCUAGUCACCAGAUUGCGUCCACCAACGAUCAUGGAGGAACCAGUACAGCCAAAGACAUGAUGUCUGACCCAAAGAUUUACUGCCUUGUCUCCAGCCACUCCUUCGCCUCCAUGCAGCCCUCCACCUCCCUUGGCCCCUCCGAGCUCUCCUGCGACCCCGCCAACCAUUGUGGCUCCGCCUCCCACCCCUUCAGCCAAUCCGUGUCCUCUUGCGACACAGAGGUGUCGGCCCACGCCCCCGGGUUGCACUCCCAGUCCUUCAGGAAGGAGCCUCGUACCCGGGGUCUACCCCGCACCUCCAGCUCUGCCGGAUCAGCCUUCCCCGACCCCUCCCUGUCCUCAACUGACUUCAGCCUCUACCCCCCUCCUUGGAGAGGGGGCCUGGACCCGGUGUGUGAGCUGGAAGCUGCCAGACCCCGCCGGCCAGGCGCUGAAGCUGGAGGACAGGGGAAUAGGGAGGGGGCUGCGGCUGAAAGGUUCUGCCAUCAUCCGGACCAGGCCUCCACCUCUGGCUGCUCCACAGCCUGCUACAGACACCAGCAGGACUCCUGUAGACACCAGCAGGACUCCUGUAGACACCAGCAGGACUCCUGCAGGCAAGGGCUGGCGGGGGAGGGGGGGUCAGGUUUGUACCAGGCCGACCAGGGUGGUGGGGGGAAGGUCAGUGCAGACAGCCUCCGCAGCCUGAGCACACGUAGCAGCGGUUCGACCGAGAGUUACUGCAGCGGUACGGACAGAGACACCAACAGCACCGUCAGCAGCUUCCACAGCGAGCAGACCAGCUCCACGCACGUGGAGAGUUUACUGUCCCUGUCAGGGGAUGAGCAGCGUGGGCCUGGGAGGGACAGGGGAGGUGGGGAUGCUGCUGCUACUGGACCAGGACCCACCUCGACAGGGGAGGGCAGGACUUCUACUCUGGGGUCCAGCCUGGGUUCUAGUAUCUCAAGAGGACUGAACAGCCUGCCUUCCAGGGAGGCGAAUAAGAACCCCCAUGCCAACGAGCUGACAGCCAAACAGCCGUCCUCCUCCGCCACGUCCCCCUCUAUCACCAACCCUAACCCCCCAGCCUCGGCCCAGGAGCCUCCGGCGGGCUCGUCCUACAGCAGUAGCACGAGGACCAGUGCAGACGGCUCGGCGUGCACAGCCAGCAGGGAACAGGACAGGGGGAGAGGAGAGAAAGAGGACGUAAAGUCCGCCAACCUCGUCCAACCAACUUCUUCCUCCUUGGGCGCCGGGCGCAACAGCGGGCGCCGUCGGACCGGUAAGAAACGGGCGAGCAGCUUCGAUGCCAGCCGCCACAGAGACUACAUGUCGUUGCGUGGCAUGGCCAAGCCGCGCAGUGCGGUAUUCGCUGCCGGGGGUGGUGAGGAGGAGUGGAGUGAAGCCAGUGACCGUAGCUGUGCUUCCAGCCUUCAGUCCACCCAAUCGCAUCACUUCAGCACUGACUCCUCCUCCUCCACCACCUCCCAUUCUUGCCACUCUCCCGAGGGACGCUACCGCGCCCUGAAAGUCAAGCACAGUCCCUCCCACAGCCACUCCCACAGCCACUCCCACACAGCCUCCACCACCUCCUAUUCACAGAAAGCUCAGGCCGGAUAUGAGGCGGGAGGAGGGAGGGCCGGGGGAAGAGGCAAGCGCCGCACCUCUGGUCGGACACCCAGCACGGGCAGCGCCAAAACCCACGCCCGGGUGCUGAGCCUGGACAGCGGCACGGCGGCGUCCGCCUGCCUUAACGAGCCCCAUCGCCUGGGGGCCCCCGCCGCCGGGCUCCGACCCCUCACCACCUCCAAAUCUGACCUGGAAGCCAAAGAGGGGGAGGUCCUGGACGCUGCGUCCCUAUUGGGCAGGGCCUCACAGCUGGAGUCAGUAACCAGGUCCAGGAAUAGUCUACCCAGCCAGACAGCCUUCUCUUCAGAGCCCCUGGACGCUACCACCGCCGGCUCUUCACGAGCCCCCGGGAGCGAGGACACGGUGACGUUUCGGCGUGAGCGUAGUACGUUCCGUCGGCAGGCGGUGCGGCGGCGGCACAACGCGGGGAGUAACCCCACGCCCCCCUCCUCCCUCAUCGGAUCACCUCUCAGUCUUCAGGAGGCUCUCAGCCAGGCCUCUCAGCCUUCUACUUCCCAGGUGAAAGGUCAGCCGUCCAGAACCCCGUCCCAGGUGACCGUGCUGAGCGCUAGCGCCUCCCUGCUGGCCAGGAAUGGAAGUGCACACCUGGAGGGCUCUCAGGACAAGGCCUCUACCGUAGGCACUACCAGCCUGCAGGAUGACUUCGGGAAGAACCCUUCCUCCUUGUACGAGGCGGAGGGAUGUGACAUGUCCCUGGUUAACUUCGAACCUGCGACACGACGCGCCUCCAAUAACAUAUGGGACACAGACUCCCACCUCUCCAGAUCUACCUCAGUUCGCUUCUACCCUCAUGACCUGAUCCGUCUGAACCGUCUCCUAACCAUUGACCCAGAGCUGUUAGAACAGCAGGAUGUAGACCUGAGCCCAGAGCUCCAGGAUGCUCCUCUAGACCCGGAGGACCCAGCCACGGCCGCAGCACGCCAGGCCAAACAGCACUACCGCUUCUGGCUGCUGCCUAACCUAUGGGUCGGCCUGCACUUUGACAGACUCACUUUGCUGGCUCUGUUUGACAGAAACCGUGAGGUUCUGGAGAACAUCCUAGCAGUGACGCUAGCAGUCCUGGUGGCCUUCCUGGGGUCCGUCCUAUUGGUCGGCGGAUUCUUCACUGAUAUCUGGGUCUUCCAGUUCUGCCUCGUCAUCGCCAGCUGCCAGUACUCACUACUCAAGAGUGUUCAACCAGACUCUUCUUCUCCUCGACACGGCCAUAAUCGUAUCAUCGCCUACAGCCGACCCGUCUACUUCUGUCUGUGCUGUGUGCUGAUCUGGAUGUUGGAUUACGGUAGUGCCAGGACCGGUUCUGCCCGGUUCACCCUGUACGGUGUCGCCAUCACUAGCUCCCUGGUUCUGUCCUCUGCCAGGGACCUCGUCAUCGUGUUCACUCUGUGUUUUCCCAUCGUGUUCUUCGUGGGGCUCCUCCCCCAGGUCAACACCUUCGUCGUGUACCUCUUUGAGCAGUUGGAUAUGCACGUGUUCGGGGGGAACGCCUCCACCAGCCUUCUGUCAUCUCUCUACAGUGUCCUGCGAAGCGCGGUCACCGUGGCCCUGCUCUACGGACUCUGCUACGGGGCCCUAAAGGAGACGUGGGAACCUCAGCACAUUCCUGUGUUGUUCUCCUUGUUCUGUGGUCUCCUGGUGGCUGUCUCCUACCAUCUGAGCCGGCAGAGCAGCGACCCCUCUGUACUGAUUUCCUUGGUGCAUUCCAAGCUUCUGCCCAACAUGACAGAGAAGAAUUCAGAAGACCCCCUGUCUGAUGUCCAGGACCCUUUACCUGAGAAACUCAGGGGUUCUGUGAGUGAGCGUCUUCAUUCCGACCUGAUCGUCUGCGUUGUCAUCGCUGUCCUCUACUUUGCCAUCCACGUCAGCACCAUGUUCAUCGUUCUGCAGCCGUUCCUGAGUUACGUGCUGUACUCUCUACUGGGAACAGUGGGUCUGCUAACACAUUACCUGCUGCCACAGGUCCGCAAGCAGCUGCCCUGGUACUGCUUCUCACACCCACUGCUCAAGACCAGGGAGUACUACCAGUUCGAGGUCAGAGGCGCGGCCCAUGUGAUGUGGUUUGAGAAGCUCCAUGUGUGGCUGCUGUUCUUGGAGAAGAAUAUUCUGUACCCUCUGGUCAUCCUCAACGUGCUGAGCGGCAGCGCCAAGGAACUAGCCAGUCCCAGGAAACUGGGCACCGAGGUUGGAGCGUUGAUGAUAACAGUGGCAGGUCUGAAGCUGCUUCGUUCCUCCUACAGCAGCCCCACCUACCAGUACAUCACAGUACUCUUCACCGUCCUCUUCUUCACCUUCGACUACCGCAACCUAUCAGAGACCCUGCUGCUAGACCUCUUCCUCAUGUCCAUCUUUUUCAGCAAGCUCUGGGAACUGUUCUACAAGCUGCGAUUUGUCUACACCUACAUCGCUCCCUGGCAGAUCACCUGGGGGUCGGCCUUUCACGCCUUCGCUCAGCCCUUCGCUGUUCCUCACUCUGCCAUGCUGUUUGUUCAGGCUGUCGUGUCAGCUGUCCUCUCCACUCCUCUCAACCCUUUCCUGGGCAGCGCCAUCUUCAUCACCUCCUAUGUCAGACCUGUCAAGUUCUGGGAGAGAGACUACAACACUAAGAGAGUGGACCACUCCAACACCAGACUGGCUUCUCAACUGGACAGAAACCCAGGUUCUGACGACAACAAUCUGAAUUCUAUUUUCUAUGAGCACCUGACGCGUUCCCUGCAGCACAGCCUCUGUGGAGAUCUGCUGCUGGGCCGCUGGGGGAACUACACCACGGGAGACUGCUUCAUCCUGGCUUCAGACUACCUCAACGCCCUGGUUCACCUGGUGGAGAUCGGCAACGGACUGGUCACCUUCCAGCUCCGAGGACUGGAGUUCAGAGGUACGUACUGCCAGCAGCGGGAGGUGGAGGCCAUCACGGAGGGGGUGGAGGAGGAUGAGAGCUGCUGCUGCUGUGAACCAGGUCACCUGCCACAUGUCCUGUCCUUCAACGCGGCCUUCGGACAGCGCUGGCUGGCCUGGGAAGUGCUGGUCACCAAGUACGUCCUGGAGGGCUACAGCAUCACGGACAACAGCGCUGCCUCCAUGCUUCAGGUGUUUGACCUCAGACGUAUCCUGACUACUUACUACGUCAAGGGGAUCAUAUACUACGUAAUAGCCUCUAUCAAGCUGGAGGAGUGGCUGGCCAAUGAGACGAUGAGGGAGGGGCUGAAGGCCUGUGGAGAGAGGAACUACGUGGACCUGGACCCGACCUUUAACCCCAACAUAGACCAAGACUACGACCACCGUCUGGCUGGUAUCUCCAGGGACUCCUUCUGCCAGGUCUACUUGGGCUGGAUCCAGUAUUGUAACUCUCGACGGGCCAAGCCUCUGGACAGUGAGAAGGACUCUUCCCUGGUGUUGCUGUGUUUCGGCCUGUGUGUGCUGGGCAGGAGAGCACUGGGUACCGCUGCACAUCACAUGUCUAGUAACCUGGAGUCUUUCCUGUAUGGGCUCCACGCGCUGUUCAAGGGAGACUUCCGGAUCUCCUCGGUGAGAGAUGAGUGGAUCUUUGCCGACAUGGAACUACUGAGGAAGGUGGUGGUGCCUGGGAUACGCAUGUCACUCAAACUACACCAGGACCACUUCACGUCUCCAGAUGAGUAUGACGAGCCGAUGGUUCUGUUCCAGGCCAUCUCGUCUCACCAGCAGAACCUGGUGAUCGCCCACGAGGGUGACCCGGCCUGGCGCAGUGCCGUGCUCUCCAACUCGCCCUCACUGCUCGCCCUGCGUCACGUCCUGGACGAGGGAACCAACGAGUACAAGAUUAUCGUGCUCAACAGACGAUACCUCAGCUUUAGGGUCAUCAAGGUGAAUACGGAGUGUGUCCGUGGUUUGUGGGCGGGACAGCAGCAGGAGCUGGUGUUCCUACGGAACAGGAACCCGGAGCGCGGAAGCAUCCAGAACGCCAAACAGGCGUUACGUAACAUGAUCAACUCCUCGUGUGACCAGCCCAUUGGAUACCCCAUCUACGUGUCGCCCCUGACUACGUCCUAUUGCAACUCACACACACAGCUAGGUCACAUCCUGGGAGGACCAAUCAGCGUUGGCAAUAUAAGGAACUUAAUUGUCAGUACCUGGCACAGACUGCGUAAGGGCUGUGGAGCUGGGUGUAACAGUGGUGGGAACAUUGAGGAUUGUGAUGCAGGGGGCUUGUCCUGUACCAGUGGUAAUGGGACAGGGCUGAGCGGUGACUCUCAGCAGAGCUCGGUGUCCCAGGGGGGGCUGUCAAGACCGGCCGCUCCCCUGGCCUACCAGCCACACACUAUUGGUGAGGACCAUCACCACGUACAUCACCACGGACACCACCACCAGGGCUGGGGGACCAGUCAGAGCUCCCAGUCGGUUCAGUCUGGUCUUGUGCACCACUCCCCGGCCCGAGCCUCCGUAACCAGCCAGUCUUCGUCGUACCGCUAUAACAGCAGCCGCCACUCGUCUCUCCGUACCUCAGCCACAGGCCUGGAGCCCUGCCGACGCUCCUCCACCAGCCAACUUUCCCUCCGCACCCUCCCCACCUCCCUACAGCUCCGCCUGGGCUCAGGGUCGUCCUCGGACCCCGCCGGCCCCUCUGCCUCCCUCUCCUCCCACAGUAUCCCGCCCUGUAAGAGACACACCCUAGUAGGCCUGCUGGGGACCGACGGGCUGGGUAGCGCCAUAGUGGACCCGCUGGGUCACCACCACCACCACCACCACCAACACGUCCCGGCUCUGUCCGCUGUACGACGAGACGACAUUUCCUACAGAGUGCAGAUCGUGGAUGUGAGUCAGGUGCUGGAGAUCAUUAACCUGUCUAAGCGGAAGGAGCUGCAGUGGCCUGAUGAGACGGUGAGGUUGAGGGCGGGACGCAGCUGCUGGAGGGACUGGAGCCCCCUGGAGGGCAUGGAGGGACAUGUGAUUCACCGGUGGGUGCCUUGUAGCCGUGACCUCACCAGCCGCUCCCAUAUAGACAAGACCAUCCUGCUGGUUCAGGUGGAUGAUAAGCUGGUUCCCAUCGUAGAGACUGGGGUCAUAGAGCUGGGAGCCGAGGUCUGACUGAGCCACUGGUUCAGGUGGAUGAUAAACUGUGGUCGAAUGAGAAAUGCUUGUUUUCUGUUUUGAAACCUGGGGUGUAUACGGUCUGCCCUAAUGACUACACCCUAGUCCUUCUGGGAGUAACCCAGUCACGAGUUAGAGGUCAGGGUUCACCUUACUGCAGGCCGAAGAGAAGACCAGCCUGCUGACAGUGAGGAAAGGAAGGGAUCCCCCCUCCUCUCACCCGUCCUAUGUCGUCUCUCCUCUGUCCUCUCUCUUCCGUCCACUCUGUCGUCUCUCCUCUGUCCACUCUCCUCUCUGUCGUCUCUCCUCUGUCCUCUCUCCUCUGUCCACUCUCCUCUCUGUCGUCUCUCCUCUGUCCUCUCUCCUCUGUCCACUCUCCUCUCUGUCGUCUCUCCUCUGUCGUCUCUCCUCUGUCCACUCUCCUCUCUGUCGUCUCUCCUCUGUCGUCUCUCCUCUGUCCACUCUCCUCUCUGUCGUCUCUCCUCUGUCCUCUCUCUUCCGUCCACUCUGUCGUCUCUCCUCUGUCCACUCUCCUCUCUGUCGUCUCUCCUCUGUCCUCUCUCUUCCGUCCACUCUCCUCUGUCGUCUCUCCUCUGUCCACUCUCCUCUCUGUCGUCUCUCCUCUGUCCUCUCUCUUCCGUCCACUCUCCUCUCUGUCGUCUCUCCUCUGUCCACUCUCCUCUCUGUCGUCUCUCCUCUGUCCUCUCUCUUCCGUCCACUCUCCUCUGUCGUCUCUCCUCUGUCCACUCUCCUCUCUGUCGUCUCUCCUCUGUCCUCUCUCUUCCGUCCACUCUCCUCUCUGUCGUCUCUCCUCUGUCCUCUCUCUUCCGUCCACUCUCCUCUCUGUCGUCUCUCCUCUGUCCUCUCUCUUCCGUCCACUCUCCUCUCUGUCGUCUCUCCUCUGUCCACUCUCCUCUCUGUCGUCUCUCCUCUGUCCUCUCUCUUCCGUCCACUCUCCUCUCUGUCGUCUCUCCUCUGUCGUCUCUCCUCUGUCCACUCUCCUCUCUGUCGUCUCUCCUCUGUCCUCUCUCUUCCGUCUACUCUCCUCUCUGUCGUCUCUCCUCUGUCCUCUCUCUUCCGUUCACUCUCUCCUCUGUCCUCUCUCUUCCGUCUACUCUCUCCUCUGUCCACUCUCCUCUCUGUCGUCUCUCCUCUGUCCUCUCUCUGUCCACUCUCCUCUCUGUCGUCUCUCCUCUGUCGUCUCUCCUCUGUCCUCUCUCCUCUGUCCACUCUCCUCUCUGUCGUCUCUCCUCUGUCCACUCUCUUCUCUGUCGUCUCUCCUCUGUCCUCUCUCCUCUGUCCACUCUCCUCUCUGUCGUCUCUCCUCUCUGUCGUCUCUCCUCUGUCCUCUCUCCUCUGUCCACUCUCCUCUCUGUCGUCUCUCCUCUCUGUCGUCUCUCCUCUGUCCUCUCUCUUCCGUCCACUCUCCUCUCUGUCGUCUCUCCUCUGUCCUCUCUCUUCCGUCCACUCUCCUCUCUGUCGUCUCUCCUCUCUGUCGUCUCUCCUCUGUCCUCUCUCUUCCGUCCACUCUCCUCUCUGUCGUCUCUCCUCUGUCCUCUCCUCCGUGACCCGAAAACCGAUGAGUGGUCGAGGAGUGUGUCGGGUUCGUUAGUAGGCGAACGGAAGACGGUCCUCCCCUCCUUGUCUAAAGCCUCCGUUUGGCGAGGAAGCACAAGUGUAUCCUACAACGGAAGAGUUUGUGAUAUCUGCCACACACCCUUUUGAAUCAGCCGUUGUAAUUGUCAGAGGAGAAAAGCAUGGAUACGUUUAAAAAAAAGAAAACAACGAUAUGCUAUUUAUCCUUUAUCUAGAAAAUGUAUUGCGUAACUAACUUCAUUUAGUAUUUAUCACGUAACACAUUUAUUUUGGAAUCCACCCGUCUACAUCAUUUGCCUGAUGGAACAGGAGUGGAAAAGGGACCGUUUCAUUUCAUACAAGCGCAUUUUCGUCCACUUGACCUCUCCUCGCCUCCUCCAUUGACCUUGAACCUUUUUCCAAAAGGAGAGGGCUGCAGGAGUUGAGCAAAUCGAAUGGGGGUAAAAAAGGGCCCAUAUCUGCAUUCAAAAAUGGCACCGUAAUUCCCUAUAUAUAUAUAUAUAUAGUGCACUACUUUUCACAAGGCACUACUUUUUGCAGUAUAGGGUGCUGUUUAGGACGAACUCUAUAUGUUUUGAGGGGAAAAAAGAAUUCAGGGGAGAGUGGCGAUGGAGGAGGCAGAUGGCAGUCCACACAUGAACACACAUCUACAGUAACUUGCAAAAGUAUUCAUACCCCCUUGGAUUUCUUCCAAUUUUUAUUGUGUUGCAAAAAAAAAAAAAAAAAGUGGAAUUUAAAAUGUAUUUUAAUAGUCAACCAUGUAGUGUGUCAAAGUGGAAUUCAAACCGUUUAAAAGGUUUAAAACAAAUGUGAUAGCGUUAAGUAUUCAGACCCUUUUUGUUGAGGCUUAAAUUAGUUCAGGAGUAAAAUGUGACUUUACAAAUCACGUACGUAAUAAGUGAUAUGGACAAAUAGGGGUUGACAUUGUUUUUGAAUGACGAACCCUUCCUCUCUCUCCGCCAUACAAUAUUUGUAAUGUCCCUCUUCACAGAUUCAACUAUAAAGACGAGGGAGCUUUUCAAAAUCCUCUUUUUUUUUUAAAUGUCUGGGUUUUUUUUGACGAGGUUUUUGAAAAGCUCCCUCGUCUUUGUAGUUGAAUCCGUGAAGAGGGACAUUACAAAUAUUGUAUGGCAGAGAGAGAGAGGAUUGGUUCGUCAUUCAAAAAAUCAUGUGGAUGGGUAAAAUAUCAAAUCAAACGUUGAAUUUAAAUUUCUCUUUAAGCGUUGGUCACGUUAAUAAUUACGCUGUGGAUGAUGUAUUAAAACCACCCAGACACAUCAGAGAUACAGUCGUCCUUCUGAACUGAGCUACAGGACACGGAUGAAACGGUUCAAGGAUGUUACCAUGGUGAUUUUUAAAACGGUCAAGUUCAAACGGCUGUGAUGGGAUGAAAGCAGAGGUUGGAUCAACAUUUGUAGUGACUCCACAAUAAUGACUUAAAUAACAGUGACAAGAAUGCAAAUAUACAGAAUAAAAAAUAUUCAAAAACAAACAUCCUGUAUGCAGCAACGUGAGAAGAAGAAGAAGAAGACACUGCACAGAAAUACACUUUUUUGGCCUAAAUGCAAAGCCUUCUGUUUGGUGAAAAUACAACACAAAGUACCUAACUGCCUCCUUAUAUUCAAGCAUGCUGGUGGCUGCAUCAUGUUAUGGGUGUGCUUGACAUCGGCAAAUACUGAGGAGGUUUUCAGGAUAAAAAGAAACCAGGUUGGAGCAAAGCACGGUCAAAGUUGUAGAGGAAAACCUGCUUUCAGUCUGCUUUCCACCAGACACUGGGAGAGGAAUUCACCUUUUCAUCAGGACAAUAACCUAAAACACAAGGCCAAAUCUACACUGGAGUUGCUUACCAAGAAGGCUGGGAAAUGUUCCUGAGUGGCCAACUUACAGUUUUGAUUUAAAUCUGCUUGAAAAUCUAUGGCAAGACUUGAAAAUAGCUGUCUAUCCUUGACAGAGCUUGAAGAAUUUUGAAAAUAAAAAUGGUCAGUUAUUGUACGAUUUAAAGGUGUGCAACGCUCUUCGAGAAGAAGACUCACAGAUGUAACUGCUGCCAAAGGGAUUUAUAACAUGUAGCAGGGAGCCGAAUACUUACGCAGUCUUAAAUGUUAACAUUUUUUCUACCACUUUGACAUUAGAGUACUUUGACAGAAAAUUACAAUUAAAUCCAUUUUAAUUCCACUUUGUGAAACAAUAAAAUGAAUAAUUUUGCAAGGUACUGUUUCUGCCUUGCUCCGUGUCACAACAUGUUACAUGACAGUAACCCUAUUAAGGGGCUACCAAUGGUAAUUCUUAUUUUUCUAUGCAUUUCUUUUAUAUUACUUUGAUUGACUUGUGUACACAGACUGUGCACAAACACACACACACACACACAACGUGAUAUACACACACAUAUGUGCACAAAUGAAUGAUGCCGGUUUGAUUUAUGACAGAAUUGAGUGUGAGGAAGUUGUAAAAAAAAAAAAAGAGAAAAAAAGAAGAAGAAGAAAAAAAGAUUUGCUAUGUUUAAUUUCUUUUGUUGGUUUCAAAAUAAUUUUCCAAAAGAGCCUGGUCCUGUAAGUGGCCAUGGUUUCACACGCAGCAGGACGUGUCGUUGCCAAGACUACAGAGAUGCAGAAACGAGUAGUAGUCCAGGAGGAAAGACGUGCAGGGCCUGUACUAGAUAGUAUUUACUUUGUCCUCAUUGUCAUUCUUAUUUGUUUUGUUUUGGAAGUUGCAGGAAAUAACUUGCACUAUUAUUUUUUUUUAUUUACAGUGACGCACUACAGUCUGAGAUAUCACCUUAUUGAAUUUAUUACAGAAUUUUAGUGGCCAUGGUUACCGAUGCCUUGGUAAUUUAAAUAAUGGAUUCAUCAUUGUUUUUUGUUUAUAUAUAUACAUAUAUAUAUAUAUAUAUAUAUCAAUGUACAAAAUAUUUUUGUUUUUAAUAUUUAUUACUGUGAACAUAGUAUUGACAUUUUCUUACUUUCUUUUUUUUCCAUUUAUGGGACAAAUGUUAUAUAAAUGUAUCACGGACCAUCGGUUGGAAAAACAAGAUGGUGAAUUUCUGAUGGACUGUUUCCCGAUUUAACUUAAUUCUUUUUCUAUAUGGAGAAAUAAAAAGCGUUUGAUUUACA